AUGGCAGACUUUUAUACUACCCCGGCUUUCCUGUCUAAUCUGCAGACAUCUAAGGUACACUUGGUCUGUGGAAAGAAGUGGGAUUUUACGCGAUUCGUAUUCACUGCCUCGCGUUAUCUACCUCUAAUUGGCGCUCUUCUGACAGUGAGCGCUGCUCUUCAGACAGAUCGUUCAGGAAGCUGCAUACCCUUCAAUGAUGCUUCAGAUGCAAACCCGGGAGGUUGCAUAUUUGCAGGCAAUCAAACAAACGCUAUACAAUAUGCAUUCUUAGUAGUUUUUGAGAUCGUCCUGCUGUUUUUAACAGCACUCAAAAGGUAUAAAUUCUAUGAGCAUGCUAGGGAUAGCAUAGUAAUCACCACACUCUUUCGGGAUAAUGUGCUGUAUAUGGGAGCUAUUAUAUCCAUUUCAUUGGCCAAUAUCAUCGUCAUUGUCACUGUACUGGUAAAUUUUGAUGCUUGCAGAGAAUACGUCCUAGCCUCUCGCAUUCUGUUUAAUCUCCGUGAAACUCAAAACUAUACGAGAAGUUACCGUAUUAGAAUUCCUCGUGGUUGA